AUUAUAUGCAGUAGUUUGGACAUUAAAUCUUAGACUCCUAAAAAAAAAGAAAUUAAAAACCCUUAAAUAUGCUAGAUGGGUGGUACUGUCGUUCCUUGGCUAAUCAAAAGACCACAUCCAAUAAGACAGAGGGAGAGCAUCUCGAAAGUGAUGAAGAGGCACAUACAAAACAAUCAGCAGCAGUUUCUGAAGCAGCGCCACCGACAGCUGCAACAAGCUCGGCAUCGACUGGCACAGCCAAUGGAAAUAUAGAUUAUAAGGAGCGCUACAGAAAUUUGAAGCGCAAAUUGAAAUUUCUCAUCUAUGAAAACGAGUAUUUUCAGGACCUGCUACAUACUAAUCAACGACGCCUGCUGAAAGUGUCUCGUGACCGGUCGUUCCUGAUUGAUCGCCUGUUGUUAUACGAGAAGCCUGCCAAGGACUCUAGUGACAGUGAUGCGACUGACAGCUCCAAUUCCGACGUGGAGCCUAUAAACUCAUCAGUAGCACAGGCGCAACCUGCCUUCGACUCGACGAAGGAACCUGUGACUAUGCGGCGCAAGCAUAAAGAAAAGGGAGCUGCAAAUGUGACCGUUCCCACAACGCAUGCAGGUGCCGUUGGUGGAGCAACACGUGGACGCAGGCGCAAGAUUCCGACCGGCGGCUCUAUUCAACAUCAGCCGGCUAAGAAGCAGCUAAUGGCCACGGCAACGGUGUCGCCCUCAGUGCAACAUCAGCUGGCUGCAAAGGGCGCCUCUGGCACCUUGAGCACAGCAGAAAUAACGCGCCAACUACAAGAACGUAGACCGACGCCCAUAGAACUCAUGAGUCCGGAAUGUGCCUCCGCUACUGUUCCAGUUACAAUGCUAAGCGAUGAGAGCCCCUCUAAAAUCUAUCCAAAGGAGAGCUUGCAACACCUCAUGGAGGACGACUCACCCUCGCAUGUUGCGGCCGAGGAAUGUGUGCCAAUGGUAUACACAAAUUGAUGUAUUUAAACAGACUGCUCACAGAUGACAAAAAUGCAACUUUUACUCGUUUGGAUUAUUAAUAAAUGUAAUUAAAGCUA